AUGGAAGGGUUGCUAGUCGAUGCAGCCGGUACUAGAGAUGUGUUAGUUUUUGUAGAGGCUGUCGAGGUGGAGGAUGGACUGGUGGGGGACAAUGAGGAACCAGACUUGUUUCAAGGUUUGUCGAAGGAUGCUGAAGAUAUUGGGGACGAAGUUGAGCAGCCUCGUGGUGUUGAAGAUGAUUACCUUGAUGUGGAAGAAGGGUCAGCUGAUUCUUCUGAUGAGGCUUCCAGAGAAACCAAUUCAAGGGUGUCGAAUGUGUUCAAUGAAGAGCAUGAGGAAAGAUAUGCAGAUUUGCCGGAUUAUAAUCCCGAUUGUGAUCAUGAGGAAUUCUUCUUCAAAAUUGGGCUGAAGUUCUUGUCUGUUGAGCAAUUUAGAGGUGCUAUAUACAAGCACACUCUUUUGCUGUUUGGGCAAAUGUUGCAUGUACAAGGAGUGAUGGAAGUAGGAGGUAGUUUAAAUGCAAGGAUGAAGCUUGUGAUUGGAGGGUAUAUGUUGUCUGGUGGGGAGAUGGUGCAAGUUUCAUGGUUAGGCGGAUAG